UUUUUUUUUUUUCCUUCCCUUCCCCACUCUUAACUUAUUCCUUCUUUCUUUUCCUCUCCUUUCCUUUAUACAUUCUAUAUAUAUAUAACCUUGAUGAAAUAUAGUGAUACUCUUUCACCAGAUAACUAUACGCUCGAACUCGCAGCCAAUCGUGCUUUGAUCGCUUUUAGUUGUCUUGCUUUUUUAUUGGCGAAUGGAUGUGCCUUGAAAUUCAAAAACUUUUUACCAAGCGCUCACUUUGUCGUUGCCUCAUUCAGUUAUCUUGCCUAUUAUGUUCUUACAGAAGUCAAUUAUACCAUCAUUAACGACGAAGGUGUUUAUCUUCUUAUUUUUUAUAUCAGUCUCAUUUGUGAAUAUCUCGGUCGUCUUGCUGUAUGGUUAGCAGCUAUUGAAGUUUUUAGGUUAAAUCCUCGUCAACCUCUUAUAUGGAUCUUCCCUUACCUCAUGUACCUGCUGGGUUUAGGUAUGUUUGGUGUACAAGGUAUUUGUUAUGUUGUUCUUGGUAUUGUGCAAAUGGUAUUGAAUGCUACGACUCCUCCUAUUAUUGUGGAUUGUAUUGCCAAAUCAAGAUUGGUGGCUUUGUACCUCUUUUGGCCUUUUGUUGGUUCUGUUUUUUUACUCUUCUUCUUUUACAGAAAAACACUCAAUCACUUUUAUGGUACUUUUAUCUUUUAUUAUCUCUGUCUUGUACCUGGUAUUUUAGUCCUUACUAUUGAUGAAAAUAUUUUAUCAAAAACCGAUCAAUCUCAAGUUCGUGUUGCCUAUAUCGCUGAAUUUGUUUGUUAUCGUCUGAUCUAUCUAUUUGCAAUUGGUUGGGGUUCCUUAUUUGCAAGUCAAUGGGCAAAAUCAAAGGAAAUAAGAGAUAAGGAAGAAGUCACUGCUGAUGUUGUGGAUAUUGAUAUUGAUGAUUUUGAUGAAAAGACUGAAGAAAAUACCUCUCAUCGACAUCUCGCUGUUUGAUCUAUUUGUUUUUUCACUAUUACAUAUUAUUACUAGUUUAUUAUUAUUUUGAUUAAUGUAUUAUACAUAUAUAUAUAUUUUAUUAUCCCUUUAUUUAUUAUUACAUACAAUACAUUACAGUUUUAAUAAAAAAAAUCCUUUUUUCUUUCUCAUC